UGCUUGUUCAUUUGUUCCCUCUGGAGAUCAGUCUCUUGGAUCGCAUUUGCUUCUUUCUCUUGUUCUAUCUCUUUUAUUCAGUUCUGUUUAUAUUAAGGGGGGGGGGGGCACCCAAACGCGGUUCCUGGACAAGAGCACGUCACAGAUACUGCUUGUUUUUUGUAAUAUCUGCCCAGAAGAUAACUGGAUGCACUUGAGACACUUUUGUAACUCUUUUCAAUAUCUUCUGCAAUUGGCUUGGAAGCAAAAAAGAUGUUUCACAUGACAUGGAAUCAGCCUCUGAAACUAAUGAGUUGCACCACUGCAUCCGAUGUAUAUUUAAAACUGAUGUUUUCAAGAGCCUUUUCGCGUUCAUGGAAGUCGUGGAUGUCAAUCCACUCUCUUAUUGGGGACAAGAAUAUUGUUCUAAUGGGACCUCCUGGAGCUGGGAAAACAACAGUAGGGAAAAUUGUAGGGCAGAAACUAGGCUGCAGUUUCAUAGAUGUAGACGACGAUGUCCUUGAAAAAACAUGGAAUAUGCCUGUGUCAGAGAAACUGAAGGUUGUUGGUAAGGAGCAAUUUUUAGAAGAGGAAGGAAAAGCCCUAUUAAGCCUUUCAACGUCAGGCAGUGUAGUUUCCCUUACCGGGUCUAACCCAAUGCAUGUUGCCAGUAUGCAGCACGUGAAGAAAAAUGGGAUUGUAGUAUAUCUGGAUGUACCUACUCAAAGCAUAAUGGAUCGACUGAAAUUAAUGAAAGUUGACCGUAUUGUAGGUCAGGGUUCCAGUACCUCAUUGAAAGACAUACUUCAGUUUAGGAAGCAAUUUUACAAAAAAUGGUAUGAUGUCCGGGUUCUUUGUGAAAAUGGGAUUACAGCCACAGCUGUGGCAGAAAAAGUGCUUUGUGCAGUUGAGCGGUAUCAGGAUUCAGAAUCAGAGUGCUUAAUUUCAACCAGAAGUCUUCAGUGUGAUGACAAUAGUGAGCAAAAGCACUCUGUUAAAUUCUUCAGUGAUGCUGUUGUUGAAGGCUUAGCACCUGAUGGUGGACUCUUUGUUCCUUUGAUGGGACUUCCAAAAUUCACCGCUGGAGAAUGGCAGCGUUUAUUAGGGGCAACCUAUGCAGAAAGAGCUCAGCUUAUAUUGGAAAGAUGUAUACAUCCUGCUGAUAUACCUGCUCCUGAACUGUGGGCCAUUGUUGAGGCUGCAUAUGGACAAAACUUUGCAUGUUCUAAAAUUGCCCCUGUUAGACAUCUGACUAGCAAUCAGUUUCUUCUGGAGCUCUUUCAUGGACCAACUGCUUCAUUUAAAGAUUUGGCACUACAAUUAAUGCCUCAUGUGUUUGCAUACUGCAUUCCCAAAACCUGCAAUUAUUUAAUCUUGGUAGCUACUUCUGGUGACACAGGAAGCGCAGUUCUAGAUGGUUUUAAUCGUCUUACAGAGGCAGACAAGCAAAGAAUUGCAGUGGCCACCUUCUUUCCUGAGAAUGGAGUCAGCCAGAUACAGAAAUCACAGAUGAUUGGCUGCCAGGGUAAAAAUACAACCGUAAUUGGCGUCCAAUCAGAUUUUGAUUUUUGCCAAUCUGCCAUCAAAAAAAUGUUUUCCAAUUCAGAUUACACAGGUUUUCUCACUGUAGAAUACGGAACUGCUUUGAGUGCAGCAAAUUCUAUAAACUGGGCGCGACUGCUUCCCCAGGUGGUUUAUCAUGCUUCAGCUUACCUUGACCUUGUUGAACAAAACGUUAUCACUUUCGGCUAUCCUGUAGACAUCUGUAUUCCAACAGGAAAUUUUGGCAACAUAUUAGCAGCCGUAUAUGCAAAAACCAUGGGUAUCCCGAUAAGAAAGUGUAUCUGUGCUUCCAAUCAGAACAACGUAUUGACUGAUUUUAUAAGGACAGGGCUGUAUGACCUAAGGGGAAGAAACUUAAAACAAAGUUCAUCACCAGCAAUAGACAUCUUGAAGUCUUCCAACCUCGAGCGGCAGUUGCACCUGAUUGUUAAUGGCGAUGGACCACUGGUGGCACAGUUAUUUAGCAAUCUGGAAAAACAGCUCUACUUCCAGUUGCAGAAGGAGUUCCUUGAAAAACUUCAGCAAGACCUUGUGGCUGAUUGGUGUUCUGAGGAGGACUGUCUGGAUGCGAUCCACUCUGUGUACAAUUCCACAGGGUAUAUCUUGGACCCACACACAGCCAUUGCAAAAGUAGUUGCUGAUCGAGUACAAGAUAAAACCUGCCCAGUUAUCAUUUCAUCUACUGCUCAUUAUUCCAAAUUCGCACCUGCUAUCCUCCAGGCACUGAGAAUGGGAGAAAUAAAACAGACUCCAUUAAGUCAGCUUCACUUGUUAAACUCCUACAAGCCUUUGCCACCAGUCCACAGGGGCUUAUUAGAGACUAUGGAAAAGAAUAAGCAACAGAGCCAUCAGGUCUGUGCCGCUGACAUGAAUGUCCUUAUGGAGCAUGUCGAAGCCUUAAUACAAAAACAGUUCAUGAAGGUUUCCUGAGGCUCAGUUGGUCUUGGUUAUAUAAAUCCAUUUUGAAUAUUGUUUCACAAAAA